UUGAUACGAGCCGAAAAUAAUUGAGAACAAAAGAGUGAAACAAUCUAGAAAAGACCAUUUCAGCACUACUAAAUUCUCAUUUUAAGAUCUUCGUAUUCCCUGCGUAUAAAUACAAGCAUUUUCAUAUCAACUUAAUAUAAGUUAGAAAAACACUUAUAAGCCAAUAAAAACUGAUAAAUUUCAUCAAACUCCUUAACACGCAUACAAAUGGCUAGGAAGAGAACUGCUAGUGGAUUUGAUGAGAAGACUUGUGAUGAUCAAGAGAAUGUUGCCUGGGACGAGAUGGUGAAGGAAGCGACUGCCACAGGCGGAAUCCGGCGAGCCCGAAAGCGAUUUGUUGGUGUUAGACAAAGGCCAUCAGGGCGAUGGGUGGCUGAGAUAAAAGAUACCAUUCAAAAGAUAAGGGUGUGGUUAGGCACCUUUGACACGGCGGAGGAGGCUGCAAGAGCCUAUGAUGAGGCUGCUUGUUUACUCCGUGGCGCAAAUACGCGAACAAAUUUUUGGCCUAUUUCUCCGUCGUCCUCUUCCACUCCGGCAUUGCCAUCGAAAAUCACUAAGCUUCUUCUUAGCAGGCUAAAGUCCAGGAAUAACGCGUUAGCCUCUUCUUCAUCGGGGUCUCCUUUCUUGCCUGAUGAUCAUGUUCGCGAUCAUGACGAGCAACCAAAACAGCAGCCUGAGGAGUAUAGAGACGAAGAAAUGGCUGAUUCUUCAGCUUCUCAAUUCACUGAUUUUCUGAAUGAUCACCCAAUUGAUGAUAGUAUUAUUGCUAGUGAUUGUACAUACUCAUCAAGCUUUGAAUCCUGCAUAACAGAAAUUGAUAAUUUGGAGAAAAAUUCGAGCAAUUUACUGCAACAAACUAAUGAUCAGUACUGCUCGAGUGGAAACGACAACGUAGAAGUAGAAGAAGAAAUUCACGACCAAGAAAACACGAGCCUUGAAGUUGAGGAUUUCCAAUUCAUCGAUGAAAUUGGAUCGUUCAACUGUUCCACUUUUGAGAUUGCUGAGGAGAUCUCAUUGGAGGGUUACGAAAAUGAGCCAAUGAUGGUUGGUGAGACGAUGAACAGGAACUAUGAAAGGAAGUUCUCGGCUUCUCUUUACGCAUUAAAUGGUAUAACUGAAUGCCUGAAGUUGAAGCUCGAAUCGGUGGAUGCUACACAACAAGAAAGGUCUGAUCAGUUGAGCAGACUCCGAAAUGCAUGUAAAGCGAACCAAGAAAAGAUGAAGACAGGAGAUGAAGGCGGCAAAAUUAAAGGGAAUGAGAAGAAUUUGCAGGAUGAGAAUUCUCAAGAAAAUUCAACGGAUCAUGACAGUGAACUGUCACUCUGGAACUCCAUUGAUCUCCAACCGAUAUGCUAUGUCAAUUAGUGUUUACACCAUCAAUUGCCGUGGAGUGUGCGCUUUUAGACAAGACUGGAACGUACAAUGAAUCCUUCACAUUUCUUCCUAUCAAACCAGUUGAAGUUUAGAGGGUAUUGUAUUCUGUGUUCAUCAGCAAGGGCUGAUCAAGGAACAAAUAAUUUAUUUAUAUGAAUUGUUAUUGCAGAAAAUAAAAUCGAAUACACUGUGUUGUUAUUUCCUUUUUACAGAUGAGUUCUUGUUUUUGGAAGAUGAUA